GUCUUUCCUUACCUACAGACUUGCGGACAUUUUCAGACACACCAGACGACAGGUUGCUGAUGGAGUAAAUACCCAUUGAUAAAGAAUAGAACCCAGGAUGUUCAGCAUGGGGACAGGAGAAAAUCAUACAACAAUGGCAUGGGACAAUAUAUCACAUAUUGAAAACAGAACCGUCAUCUUCAGAAAUUGGACAAACCCUGUGAUUGGCUGUUCCACCUGGACAUCACCCAAUCAUUUUCUUUUUCAGCUAGCAAACUGUGUUCUAUUAAUAGCUCUGUUUGCCCCAGAUGGAAAGAAAGGAAUACUCUUCAUGCAUGGAUUCUUUGUUUUGGGAUUUUUACUGUUAUCGGUAUGGUCAUGGGUUGUACUUUGUGCUCCUGAUUUCUUUUCCUGGAAUUUUUCUUUUAUGGUCCUAAAUGCAAUUCAGACAUUAUUCCUGAUGUACCACAUCAGACCAGUGAAGUUUUGUGAUGAAUUAGAACAAGUUUAUGUGGCUCUCUUUCAACCCAUGAAAAUACCAAGACAUUUGUUCAAGAAACUGGUUUCUACGGAUUAUUGUACUCUGACAUCGCUCCAUGAAGGUGAGGCUUAUGCUACACAAGGGAUUAGUAAGACGGACAGACUUGGUCUUUUGAUGUCUGGAAAAAUGAAUGUUUACAGUCAUAACAACCUCCUUCACCAAAUACACGAAAAGGAAUUUAUUGACUCACCUGAAUUUGAAUCUGGUGUUGGUGGCGACGAGAAAUACCAGGUAUCAAUCUUUGCCGGAUCUAUGUGUCGAUAUAUAUUUUGGUCAAGACACAGUUUGGAAUAUUUGUUGAUAAAGGAAUCUUACCUUGCUAACGUAUUCAACAUUAUAUUAGGUCGAGAUAUCACCAACAAACUGUAUGCUUUAAAUGAAAAGGUAGCAUUAAGAAAAGGAUCACGAGUUGACAUCAGACUACCAAGUGUUUCAUCUUCUCUAAAAGCGAUACAGGAUUUACGUAAAACAGUAGCUGGUGUUGGAGAUGAAAGUCCGUCUCACACUCCACAUACUAUCAUUGAUGAUACAGGAGAUGAUGACGUGUAUAUAGAUGAGAGUGUUGAAGACCAGGAAAAAGAAGGGCUACUGAACGGCCAUCUAAGACAACCCUAUUUUCGUGGUCCAAGUCUAUCAACUUGUAGUGAAUUUUCUCGUGGAGAGUCACCAAGAUGUUCCAUUAACUCUCAUUCCAGCAAUUCUGGGAUUCAUAUUAAAAUGUGACUGCAAAAACUUACCGUUGGAUGUUGUCAUUUUAUUCGUUAGAUACUGUGAGUUAAUUUCAUAACUUGAGUAAAUGGAAAGAUAUAGUUCCUCAAGUCAGCAGACUGUUUGUACGUGCACUCAUAUGUCAGGGUAACAUUUGCAAAUCUAACAUUGUUGGACUACAUUUGAGACGAAGUAUUUAUAAUGUAUACGAUGUAUACGCUAUAAUUUAUUGUUGUGGGAUACCAUACGGCAUAUUUUGUUAAUAGUGAACAAAAAAAUAAAACAUGCUACACAGAAGAACAAGUGA